AUGGCGUCGUCCCAAGUCACAUCCCAGGUCUGGCCCGUGAGCAACGAUGAUAACUGCGACGACGAGGCUUGCUUUUCGAUUGGUGGUAUACUCGAGAAGGGUGGCACUCAAAGUCCUUCCCAAGCUGGCGAAGAACAAACAGAGAAGGAGAAGAAGGCACACAUCUGGAGCUGCACGUUCAUCGAACCCGACGGUGAACACAUAUACCGAGGUUCAUUCACGACCUGCUCCCGUGCGAGCAAAAGUUCAAAAGCUGAGAAUGCCGACUAUAUAACCAGGGCCAAUGAGCUAUCGAUGGCUCUCUACGAUUCCAUAAGGAUGACCAAGUCCCUGUGGGGUCCUGCGUGCCGUACAAGUGGGAACGUGGAUCAUUUGAUUGAAGCGGAAGAAUCGACCUUUCAUAAGCUGGUGGAGGAUAUGCCGGAGAGAUAUGGGGAUAUAGCUUGGCAUGAGGCUGAUCGUAACAACGCCGUGCGUACAGUCAUGUUGUAUGAUGAGGAUAGUAGUCAAGGGACCAGCAGCAUGGGAGAUGGGAGUGAUGUGGAGGAGGUAGUCGCUGGAAUGCGUCUUGUUUUGGCUGAUGACUAG